UAUCCCUUCCUCUUGCCAGCCUACCCCCAACUCACUCUCCGAACCUUCUCUACCCUUUUAUAUCUCUCUCUCCCCUUCUUCUCAUCUCCGUGAAUCAGAAAACAGUAACGAAAACCAGAACAAAAUGGCGAGAUUCCUAGCACUCUUCGCUCUCUGCUCCCUUGCCGCCGCCGCCACUGUUGCCACCGCUACCGUUUCCGGCAAGCCUUUCCUUGUCAAGGGAAAGGUCUACUUGGACACUUGCAACUGCGGCUUCGAGACCACCGCCACCAAAUACCUCCCUGAAUCGCAUGUUAGGCUGGUGUGCACGAACCGGGAUACGAAUGCCGUGACCUACAGUGCGAACGCGGUGACCAACUCGCAGGGAGAGUACAGCAUCCUGGUGAAUGGUGACCGCGGCGACGAUCUCUGCGAUGUGGUGCUUGUGAAGAGCUCAGACCCUCUCUCCGGCAAACCAGACAGCGGCCGCGACCGUGCCCGCGUCAUCCUCUCCCGCAACAACGGCUUGGUCAACGACGUCCGCUUCGCCAACAACUUGGGUUUCACCACCAAACAGCCUCUGGCUAGCUGCACCCAGGUCGUCGCCCAGUACCACCUCAACGACGAUAAUUUUUGAGCAAUAAAAUUGUUUGUUUAGUAGGGUCGGUGUGUAUUUCUUCUCAUCCUGGACCUGGAGACUGAUGCUCAUCCGCAUUAUUAUUAUUAUUAUUAUUUGUGUUCUAGCUUGUUGACACUGCUUUCAUAUGCCUUUAGCUUUAUACUUCAAUUUAAUUUAAUGGUUAAAUUGCUGCUUUGCUCUGUCGGUGGGUUUAGUUAGUAUUUACUUACCUUAUCAGAAUUAUUGGAACAAAGUUUCGACUACGUAUAAUGUAAUAAUAAUGUAAAACUAGUUGCGCACUUGC